AUGUACGUGAAUGAGUUCCCAGAGGUGAAACGUGUUGCAGAAAUGGGCGCUUAUGUGCAACUUCUUGAGUACAACAACAUUGAAGGAAUGAUACUACUCUCGGAGCUUACACGACGCAGAAUAAGGUCGGUGACUAAACUUAUAAAGGCAAUGACAUAUUUGUAUAUUUUGGUUGUUGCGCUCAUAACUCUUUUCUCAAAACAGGUAGGGAGGAUUGAGCCUGUCAUGGUACUCAGAGUAGAUAAAGAGAAAGGAUACAUUGACUUAUCGAAAAGACGUGUAUCCCCUGAGGAUAUUCAAGCUUGUGAAGACAGGUACAGUAAAAGCAAAAUGGUGCAUUCGAUUAUGCGGCAUGUCUCUGAAACUACGUGCACUGAUUUACAUAGUUUAUAUGUUAGUCUUGGUUGGCCUCUCUAUGUAAAGCACGGGCAUGCUUUCAACGCGUUCAAAAUAAUGGUUACUGAUCACAACUUGAUUUUUUCGGAUUCUUCUCUUAAUAAUGAAGUUAUAAAUGAGUCUGUCAAACACGCAUUAAUAAAAGAUAUAUGUCGUCGAAUGACUCCACAACCAUUGAAAAUUCGAGCAGAUAUGGAACUUACUUGCUUUAGUAGUGAUGGUAUUGAGUGUAUUAAGGAUGCCAUGCGAGCUGCGGAGAGCAGUUCGACCAAAGAGUGCAAAGUGAAAGUCUCAUUAAUUGCCUCGCCCCUCUAUGUGGUCACAACCCAGACACUCGAUAAGGAAUCUGGAAUGGCCACUAUUGAGGCAGCAAUCCACGAAGCUACGGUACGACAACAUAUUUGCAAACGCCAAUUUUUCAUGAUUCUGUUCCAGGUUCGUAUCAACACGAGGAAGGGGAAGUUGGUUUUGAAGGAGCCACCACGCGUUGUGAGUGAAAGGGAUGACAGAUUACUUGCAGAAUCUAUGAACGAAAUCAACAAAGAUUCGAGCGAAUCUGAAGACUUGAGUGACGAUUAA